AUGGAGGUGGUGAGCGCCCAGGCCAGCCUCUACAGAUCACGAGCAAAAGAACUGCCACCUCUUCCCAGACGGCGAUCAGACGUCAACAUUCCCGACAACUACACUCAGACCUUGUCCGGUGAAAACUUCAUCCUCCAUGCUGACGACAAGAUGACCAUCUUCACCACAACCUCCAACCUACAUCACCUUUCCAGAGCCAACACCUUCUAUUGCGACGGCACCUUCAGUGAAAGCCUUAGUAUUUACCAUCAGCUCUACACGAUCCAUGCCAUGGUCAACAACAAGAUGUUCCCUCUGAUUUAUGGACUUCUUCCAGACAAGAAAGAGGCAACCUACCAUAGAUUCUUCAGCAUUAUUAAAGAGAAGUCAUCAGAGCUGAAAAUCCAUCUUCACCCUGCAUUUGUUUUUACAGACUUUGACCCUGCAGCCCAGAACGCCAUCAAAGACGUGUUUCGGUGUCAACUGAAAGACUGUGUAUUCCACUUCAGGCAGGCAAUCUGGAGAAAUGUUCAGAAAAGCCAAUUUUGUGAGAAUUGCUUCCGCUUUGCCACUGGUGAGACCAGUAGACAUUGA